UGUGAGGCAGUGACUAAAAGAGAAGUUAGUGCAUGUUUCACAAACGGUAGUUCUGCUUUGUUGCGAGAAGGGAUAAAAUGACUGUUUAAUGUCAUAGGAACAUCAGGCUUUCUGAAUACGACAAAGGAAAACAGCCUUUUAUUACCAGAGAAUCGGGACGUUCAUCUCCAACCCAGACCCUCUGCAAACUUGGAUGACACGCUGACUGGAAGACCGCACCUGGAGAUCGGAGAAACUAUGACAGGAACAUAAGCCAGCAGGAACAAUCUCCCCCCGGAGUAAGGUGUGAUGACAGAGGAACAUGACUCGUUACGCAAGAAGGGAAAACAUCCACCAAGCAUGACGAUAAGCCAGGCCUCCGACGCCACACCGCUGGGCCCAGCAGGGCCAGGCAAUGCCAACUACACCUCUGCCUCCCCCUCCUCCAACACCUCCCCCUAUCCCCCGCCCUCCCCCUCCUCCUGCAGCAUCGACGAGUCCUACAAGUACGUCUUCCUCCCCGUCUGCUACUCUCUCACCUUCCUCUUCAGCCUGACGCUCAACUCCGUGGUCCUGCUGCGCUCCUGUUGGCGCCGCGGCGACUGUCGGCGCGGCAACGGAGGCUCCCGGCGCUGGAACACCUCUCUGAUCUACAUGGUGAACCUGGCAACCACGGACCUGAUGUACGGCCUCUCCCUGCCCUUCCUGGUGGCCAGCUACAUGAUGAGGGACAACUGGGUGUUCGGGGACUUCAUGUGCCGUCUGGUCCGCUUCCUGUUCUACUUCAACCUGUACUGCUCCAUCUUCUUCCUCACCUGCAUCUCCGUGCACCGCUACCUGGGCAUCUGCCACCCCAUGAGGACCAUCACCCUGGAGAGCAAGCGGGCCGUGAAGGGGACCUGCGCCCUGGUCUGGAUCAUGGUGUUCAUCCUCACCUGCCCCAUCUUCAGGUUCGCCCAGACGGGGUUGGUGGUGAGGGCGGGCGGCGUGGAGGCUGGGGGGACGCCCGGCCUGGGGGAGAACGGCAGCGAGUCUAAGGAGGACGGUGGCGGGGGCGGGGAUGGUUUAAACGAGGCUUACGUCAACUGCUGGGACGACGCCAUCGAUAAGGACUUUGCCGACUACGUCCCGUACGGGAUCACGCUGCACCUCCUGGGGUUCUUCGUGCCUUUCGCCAUCAUCGCCUGGUGCUACUCCCGGGUAGUCAGGACGAUCUUCCGGACGCUGAGCUCCGCUCCCGGCUCCCAGGAGGGCCGGGAGGAAGGAGGAGGAGGGGGAGGGGGAGACACAGAGGGAGCCCGAGAGAGGACUUCCGUCUCCAUCUCCAGCUCGCAACACUUCCACUACAUACGCAGGCGUCGCAAGUCCAUCAAAACCAUCGUGACCAUCACCUUCCUGUUCGCCCUGUGUUUCCUUCCCUUCCAUGUGACGCGCACCCUCUUCCUGCUACUGCGGCGGGGUCAGGUUGGGGGGUGCAACACCAUGAAGAUGAUCUCCAUCUGCUACAAGGUGACCAGGCCGUUGGCCGCCUGCAACGCCUGGCUCAACGCUCUCCUUUACUUCCUGACCGGGGACCAGGGCGGUCCUUGCUGCUGGCCCGCGGACGGCGCCGGCAGCCGCCGCCACCGCAGCGCCACCCUGUGGCCUCUGAGGAUACUGAAGAGGGAAGGGGUCGGGGAGGAGGAGGUGGUGGAGGUGGAGGAGGAGAAGAAGAAGGAAAGGCAGGUGCACGCGGAGAGUGAAUCCAAGUCGUCCAGGAUUAUGUUCUGAGGGUGUUUUGUUUCUGGGGGGGGUGGGGCGUGAGCAUGAAAGCCAUUUACUCAGAAGUUAUUGAUGUACAUGUGUUUUCUUGGAUGUCUAUGUAUGGGAGAUGUUGCACUUUAAUUGAUUUGAUUGAGAUUAAUUGAGUAAAUACAGUUGUUGUUGUUGUUAUAAAAGUGUACUACCCAAUAA